GUUCGCACCUACUGCCACAGGCGAGGGGUUAUUCACGGGUGAAAUCACUGUGUCACUGAGAAGAGAGAAAAAUUCAUUGUUCACUCGACAUGUGUUCUGCCACGUAUGAUUUAUCAACAGAGGUUCUCUCUUCCCGACGGUCUGAAAAAAAACAAAAAGGAACUCUGUCGAAUUGGGAGAUUCUCAAAACAGAUCGAUAUUUCUCGAGAAUCUCCCAACUCGCCGUGGAACGCAUUCCGUCGAGGAGUUUAGUGUCAGAAGAUGUCCGAACACGUUAGUCUCUGAGUGUUUCAAAACUGUUUCGGAGCGCACGUUGCACUACGAGUCUAGGCGUGAUUAAAAAUAUGUGUGAAGUGAAGUAUAUUGAAGGUGAACAAUUAUGGGAAGUAUUAAGGAGAGAAACGGGCAUUCAUUUACCGGUGUACGUGACAAAAAUUCUGGCGUUUCAUUCACUGGAUGAUCCAGUGGCGUUCGGCGAAGUAACGACAGACACGAUCGAUGAUAUAGAGAAACACACGAGAGAGGCCCUGCACGAGAUAUUGGACCCCGAGAAGAAUCUCGAGGAGUUCUAUGGGCCUUACCAUAGAAAACCAUUAAAAUUUCAGUUCAAUGUUGGAGACCGUGCCAAGAUGAUGAAAUUGGUUCAGUUUGUGGCAGCACAACCUCAAAAUUUUUGGAGACCAAACAAAGGUGAGAUCCAAUUCACUGGAGAUGCAUCGCAGAAAAUGAAACAGAGCACCCAAAAGAAGUUGAUAACAUCCAGUGGUGAAAACGUCGAGUCUGAGCGUCAGUUACUUGGAAGAAAAAUAAAGAGUGUGGUGAAUACUUUUUUUGAGAAGGAAAAUAUAUAUGAAGGCGGCAGCGUACGAAAAAUUUCGGUCAACGAUGUGUCUGUUCAAGUUUCUGUUGUCGAAUGUUAUACUGGCGAUGAUCUACCUAAAUCAUCCUCGUUUGGAGCUAAGAUCAAGUGCAUCUUCUGCAAUUCUCUGACAGAACUGUCCAAAGUGUCAGCUACUCAAAAACAUGGAAGUCGUUGGGUCCUAUCUAAUUUCGAGAGGCAUCUGAAGAGUUGCUACAGGAAGGGAAAAAGUCCCGGAAACAGCAAUACAACCCAAUUAACACUGAAGAAUCCCCCUAAAAGAUUUAAAAUGAACAGCCAGCUCCAAGAAUCCCAGGAAACCCAGAGGACUUUGGAAUCUUUCAUAACAGGUAU